GCCGUGAUGACACUCGAGGCUGGACUCUUUGCAAACCACGUUAUUACAUAUUUAAGAGAGGCUGCUGAAUAGUUGACCAUGGUUAUUUCACCUCAUCAUGUGCUGGCGGCUCUCGUGCUUGUCGUCGUCGUUGUUCUCCUGAAACCCAUCGUGAACCCCCUUCGCCACGUGCGAGGUCCCUGGCUGGCCAGGUUCUCCGAUGUUUGGUAUCUCCGUCAGCUUUCCCGUGGCAGCUUCGAGCAGGAAAACCAGAAGCUACACCAGACCUAUGGACCCAUCGUCCGCUAUGGACCCAAUCGCUACAGCAUCUGCGAGCCGUCGGCGGCAAAGACCAUUUACGGCCAUGGAACACAGUUUGCGAAAUCUACUUGGUACUCCAGCUGGGCUACUCCUGGGUCGUGGUCGCUGUUCCCAGACCAGGACAUCAAACGGCACGCCCACGGCCGCAGCUUAUUCCAGUCGACAUACUCCAUGACGGCUCUCGUCAGCUACGAGCCAUUCGUCGAUGAGUGCGGAACCUUGUUCUGCCAACGUCUACAGGAAGUUGCAGAACGCGGGGAACCAGUUGAUAUGCGACACUGGUUUCAGUGCUACGCCUUUGAUGUCAUCGGCCUUAUCACCUUCGGAAACCGAUUUGGGUUCUUGGAUCGUGGCGAAGACGUUGGCUCUCUGAUCCAAGCUCUAGAUGGACAUUUGUACUACGCCACACUCGUCGGGUUGCUGCCUUCGCUGCACCCGUUGCUCUACAAAAUCCGGAACCUCUGGGCAGGGAGUAAGGGGUCCGGCAGGGGGUAUCUCCUCAACUUCACACUCGAGCAGAUAGCCCAUCACCGUGCCGGUGCAGAUGCCAUGCUCGAGAAGGAAGCGACAGGCGAUACAGAUGAAGCCCGAACAGAGCCAUUCUUGUCCAAAUUUCUGGCUAAGCAUGCAGAGAAUCCGGAAAAGUUCAGCCAUCAGCACAUUGUUGCAUCAUGCGUCUCCAACAUUGUCGCCGGGUCAGACACCACAGCCAUUUCAUUGUCCGCCAUCCUGUACUAUUUACUUAAGAACCCAACCUGCCUGCAAAGUUUGCGCGCGGAAAUUGACGAGUUUCAGUCACGGGGCCAGUUGUCGAAUUACCCAAGCUUCAAGGAGACGCAGCAAAUGACCUACCUCCAGGCCACGAUCAAAGAAGCCCUUCGCAUGCAUCCAGCCACGGGCUUGCCGCUCGAACGCGUGGUGCCUCGCGAUGGCAUAGAGAUUGCAGGCCGGCAUUUUCCAAAAGGCGCCAUUGUUGGCAUCAAUACGUGGGUUGAGCACCGGAACCCAGCUUACUUUGGACAAGAUGCCGACCAGUUCCGGCCGGAGAGAUGGCUCACAAAAGAUACAGAGGAGCUAAGCCGCAUGAAUCAACAUUGGAUGCCGUUUGGCCUUGGUUCACGGACCUGCAUUGGCCGCCAUAUUUCCAUGUUAGAGAUCACAAAGGUGAUUCCUAGAAUCGUUCGCGACUUUGACUUUGAGCUCAGUCCCUCAGCGGCGAGGCAGGAAGCAACGUGGAGCACGCAGAAUCUUUGGUUCGUUAAACCAACUGAUUUCAUUGUGAGGGUGAAAGCACGCGGGAAGGCCCCAUGAACAUUACUUCUGGAUAAACUAGAUUCAGAUAGCGUUUGAUACAUGAAGAAGCUGCUUGAACCGG